CCACGGCACCCCAGAGUGCAGCAGGCAGUCCCGGUCACCGAUCACGGGCGGCCACACGGCUGGGAGGUGAUGGGGCGCGGCUGUUAAUGUGUAACUGGCACCGCCACCUUUCACCAGCUCGGGAGGAGCGGGGCCGGGGCGCAGCGGGGCCGGGGCGGCAGCCAGGCUGGGUCCCGGGCGCUGCCGUCUGCGCGGCCGGCGUGUGGGGACUCGGUGCGGCCCUGAGCCGGGCGGCCGCGGCCACACCUCACCCGGCACGGCCGGCUCUGCCGGCUUCCCAGCUUUCCCCGAGACUUGUUUUUUUGGCCGGAAGUUUCCUGGAGCCAAAUGGCUCCUACCUGCCUGCUCUGCUGGGUCUGUAGCCUCCUCUGCGUCUUGUCAGUGGUGAUGGGACACCCCUGCAGCCUUGACCACCAGCUCUUUUCCCAGGGAUGGGCCAACUGCAGUGGGAAGAGCCUUCAGCAUGCUCCAGGUUCCCUUCCAAGAAACAUCACCAGUUUGGACCUCUCCUUCAACUCCUUGGUCAUGCCCCAUCACAGGACUCUCUUGAAGCAUUUCCCUUCCCUGCACUCUCUCAACCUCUCCAGCAAUGCCAAGCUCACGCUGAGCCCAACAGUCUUCUCCAACCUCGGGGCCCUGCGUCUGCUGGACCUGAGCAGCUGCAGCAUCACCUACAUCCACAUGGACACUUUCAAGGGCCUGGGAAACUUGCACACACUGCUUCUAAGAAACAACAGCUUGCAAGAGCUUGAUGUCACUUUCCUUUUGCCACUGAAAGCUCUUUUCCACCUGGACCUGCAGCACAAUGCGCUGGUCUCUGUGGACACUGGGAGCCUGCAGCUGAUGGAGACAGUCCCACAGGUCCAUCUGGAAGGGAACCCCUGGGUCUGCGACUGCAGCGUGCACCCUCUGCAGCAGUGGCUGCGGCGCAGACGAGCUGUGCAGGUGACCUGCGUGUUGCCCCCAGGGCUGAGGGGCCAGGAGAUUGCAGCUCUGGAUUCUCAGGACCUGGGCUGCCAGAUUAAGCAGCGGUUUGCUCGUGAGCUCAGCACACCACAGCCGAUCACAGUGACUGAGAACAACACCACUGCACUGCCAGCUGGGAAGGGGGGAAGGAGCUGGCCAUACCUGGUGGGAUUCCUAGUGACAGCGAUUGGCAUCUCCAUCCUGAUUGCACUGGCUGCCAAGUGCAAGCUUGUCCACAAGAACUUCGCCAGCUACCGCCACCGGCCGCUGCCUGAAAUCAGCUCCAUCGGAGGCAGACACAUGGAGGAUAGCAGCAGCUGGGACAGGGGCUCCUGUGGGAGCCAUUCCAUAACUGAUGCUGCCGACCUGCAAGCUGAGGAUGAUGAUGGCUUCAUUGAAGACAACUACAUCCAGCCCAGUGAGCAGCUGCCAACAAAAGAGGAGCGGGAGUUGCAUCGCUCCAUCUGAGCUUACAAGCUUACAACUCAGCCACCACUGCUGCGGCCUCUUGCUGUCUCCCUAACUCCACCCUUUUCCUACCUGCCCUUGGCUUUGGGCCCACAUGUCUGGGGCAGGAGGAAGGGAGCAGAGAGGAGAGGAGAGAGGGAUGGGCUAAGAAUGGUGAUGGAGGCUGAAGGCAGCCAGUCCCAGAGUGUCCCAGCAUGACACCAGUAGGCAGCACUGUCACAGGGACACCAUACCAGGUGCUGCUUUCCCAGCCUUGCUCAGAUCCUGAGAAUGAAGGACUGUCGUGCCCGGGAAGCCAGGUGAAGUGGGAAGAGGAGGCUGCCUUGUGCUGCCAUGGGGUCUUGGGCACUGGUCGUACUGCCCCAUGGUGCCAGACCCAGCCCUGCUCUGUUCCUCAAUGUGUUGUCACACUGAGAGGUGAUUAAAGCAUCUGCAAUGGUUUGUUGGGACUCUCCCAGUGGCAGUGUCUGGAGGAGACCCUCAGCCCCACAGCUGUGGUGCAGAUUUUUUUGCAUGUGCUUUCAAGAACCAGAAAUACAUUCCUCUAACUGUGGUGAUGACAGACCACUUCUGUGGCACAAUGAGUGCUCCUGUCCAAACAAUUAUUUCACCUGCUGUGGUGCGGGCAGCCCUGGUGCACCAUCACAGGGUUUCUAUGCGUGUCUCUCCAGCCACGGCCCUUCUUUCUUUUCUUUCUUCCCGCUCCAGGAAGACAAGCUAAAAGACACCUUUCCCUUGUCAGCUCUGCAGAGCUGAGCAAACUCAUCAGUGCUGCCAGUUGCAGUGCCAGGCCCAUGUGCUGGGGCAAGGUGACCCUCUCCCCCAGCACCCAUUAGAGAAUUCCAUGUGUCUCUUCAACUGUGGAGUUGCACAAAUGUGAUAAUUUUUACAUUCCUGUCAUCUUUGUGGUAUGAUGAAGAGCAUAUGAGAUAGCUAACUGCAAGUUAUUUCUGCUGGAGUUGGUCAUGCCUUCAUGGGUUACUCUGGAGUUAAAAGCAGGGAGCAGCAGUGGCAUUCACCUUUAGUAAGUGAUUCAUAAGGCUGGUAAGUUGGGAAGAUUUCCUAGGGCACAGCCCAGUCAUUACCAUCCCUGAUAGCUCAGGAAUCUCUUCAGUAUGAGAUAUCAACACAGGACAGCAUUUCUCAAAGCUCUGCCACACAGCUAAGUCCCCCACCUCCUUCAAAUCUUUAUUUCACUGCUAACUGCCUAUUUCUCCACUCAUUAAAACAUUUAGUGUAUAAAAAAAGUAAAUAAUACACCUCAGAGAAUGCAAACCAAAGGGGAAAAAUGAGUCAGGCAUUGGAUGGAUGAGACAGGGUAGACAGCAAAUGUGCCACUUGAAGCUUUGAGCAGGAGGAAGACCUGCUGGCUUCUUUCAGUGGUCAGCCAGUUUUCACUCUUAAAUGCCAUAUUUCUAAAGUGAACUUCAGUUACUGUUUUAUCAUUUGCCUUCUGGGCUCAUCAGCUACCAAUGAAAAUACACUAUAUACUGUA